GCAGUUGAAGAUGUGUAUGUACCAGUUGUCACGUUUGAGUUUGAUGGCAUAGAGAUUGAUCUUGUGUUUGCAAGACUGUCUGUGCCAACUGUUUCUGGUAAUCUUGAUCUCAGAGAUGACUCACAUCUUAGAAGCCUGGAUAUAAUAUGUAUACAGAGCUUAAAUGGUUGCAGAGUUACUGAUGAAAUACUACACCUAGUGCCAAAUAAAGAGAACUUCUGGCUCACGCUCUGUGCAAUUAAACUGUGGGCAAAACGAUGUGGCAUUUACUCCAACAUGCUGGGAUUUCUUGGUGGGAUUUUCUGGGCCGUGCUAGUAGCAAGAACGUGUCAGCCCUAUCCAAAUGCUUUGGCUUCUACUCUGGUUAACAAGUUCUUGUUUUUUUCAAAACCGGAGUGGCCAAAACCUGUAUUGCUGAAACAUGAAGAGAGCAAUCUUAAUUUACCAGUAUGGGACCCUAGGGUGAACCCAUCAAACCAAUAUCAUGUAAUGCCUAUCAUCACCCCAGCCUAUCCACAGCAGAACUCUACAUGCAAAGUAUCUAUAUCAACACGAGCGGUAAUGGUAGAGGAGCUCAAACAUGGUCUUGCGGUUACAAAUGAGAUUCUCCAAGGAAAAUCAGACUGGUCAAAGCUCUUUGAACCACUGAACUUCUUUCAGAAAUACAAACAUUAUAUUGUGCUGACUGCUAGUGCCUCUACUGAAGAGCAUCACUUAGAGUGGAUUGGCCUUGUCAAAUCUAAAAUUUGUGUGCUGGUUGGAAACUUAGAGAGGAAUGAAUUUAUAUCUAUUGCUCAUGUAAAGCCACAGUCUUUCCCUGGCAACCGAGAGCUUGUAAACAGUGGUGGAUAUGUGUCAAUGUGGUUUCUUGGAAUCGUAUUUAGGAAAGUGGAAAAUGCAGGAAGUGUUAACGUUGAUUUAACGUACGUUAUACAGUCGUUCAAAGAUACAGUUUACAGCCAGGCUAACAACCUCAAUGUGCUAAAGGAAGGUAUGAAGAUUGAGGCAGCUCAUGUGAAGAGAAGGCAUCUCCACUAUUUUUUGUUACGGAAAAGAAGGCAGCAAAGCAUGCCAGGUACUAGUCAAAAUGCUGGUGGGCUUCAGCGCAAAAGGACUUCUUCAGAUGGAAGCUGUUUGGACAGUUGCAGAGACAUGGACUCCAGAACACCAGAUAAUUCCUCUUUGUUACAUAAGGUUUCUAAAUUGGACACUUCUACAGCAGAGAGAGAAAGAAAUGCUGUGUAUCAGAAAUCUAAUGGUACUAACAACAGAGAGAAGAUACCUCGUGUAGUUGUGCCAUCAGUGUCUAACGAACUGUCCAUUCCUGUUACUGAUUCAAAAAUGGAGGCUACAGUUGCAAUAAGAACAUUGGGACCUCCAGUUGGUUGCACCAUUCCAGGACAUAACACAAUUUCUCAACUCGGAGCACGUUUUGUCCAAGGACAGCAUGAAUUAAGUGGGACUCCGAUUACAGAUCCUAAGAGUGCUGCACCUAAACGACCUUAUUCACCGACCACUGAAGGAUCUCAUUCACCUACAUCAGAAGAAUGCCCCCAAAAAACAGUAGACAGAGAAAAGUUAACUGACCAGGUUUCAGCAUUCAAAGAUGGUGGCAAUCCAGAAGAUGUCAGCAGCAGAUCUACAGACAAUCUGGUUGCUCUGUGUGUGGGGCUUGGAGGUCCAGCUGGAGGGGGUGAGGGAUGCAUGAUCAAUCUCCUUAAAGAGGAGCAGCUCUGCAUUGAAAUUGUGUACGUGUGUGGCAGCCUGGCAAUCAGCCACCUGCUGCGGGGACCAUCCAGCUCACUCUCUGCAGGACGUGCAAUGGAGAGAAAGCUGCAAAAUUUGGCUACUAAGCAAGUCUGGCAAGCCUGG